CCCCAGUGCCCCCAGGAUGAAGCUCGCCUGGCGUGGGGCGGACGUGUCUCCUGCAGGAGUGCGCCCUCGCAUCUGCCCUGGCGUGAAACCCUCCUGGUCUUUCCUGGGGAGUUCUCAGGUCACACCUCAAGGCGGGGAGCACGAGCUAAGCCUGUCCUCAGCAUGCAGCGGGGCAGUGCUGGCCGCCCGCAGCAUCCCCCCUCCGCCCUCUGAACCCAGUCCUCCUCUGUAAUUCUUCUAGGCUCUCCAACUCGGGACUUUAUCUGUUGGUUCAGAUGUAAUAUUCCCAUCUUGGAAACCCAUCGUGGCCCUGGCAUCUUGCAACCACAGGGCACCAGGCAGACAGGGGCCACUUGUACAGUUUCCCACCUGCCCGGGAGCCUCCUUAAUGCUGGCUAACUUCAGAAAAAGUGUUUCCUUCCUAGUCGAGGUUAAAAAGUUGCUCUCGGCCCUAAAGGGUAGACUGGAGGCAUGAAUGAGGCAGAGGAUAAGUGGUGAAAGGUACAUACAUCGGCAAAGUAAAUGGUAAAACUACUUUUGAUCACUGGAGACAAUGAACACCAAUGACUUAACUAAGGACCCUAAAAGCACGUGAAAUUAAAUGGUUAGGGUAAGGUCAUGGUAUAAAAUAGCAGUCUGGAGUUUAUUCCAGGAAAAAUGUUGAAAACCCCUUGACUACAAACAUGGUCUUUCUGAAAGAUUAGAAGGAGACAGUAUCUUAACAUUAGUGAUGUGUUUUUUACUUAGUGUCUUCAUACCUGUGAGCUCUGUUUUCCUUCAGAUGGCUGUGUGGUAAGACAGAUUGUAGUGUCCUGUUUUAUAAGUGAGGCACCUGAGGCAGGUGUGUAUGAGGGGAGUGGGAGUGGUGUGUAUCUUGCCUGAUGCCUCAUAGCUGGGACUAAGGAUGGGUCUUCCCCAGAAUCCUAGAUCAGGACCACAUUAUAGAACUGAGAUGCAGACAGGAGGGAGAAGUUUUUGGUGUGGUUUUUAUGCUGUCAGUGUGAGAGGACAGUUAAAAAGUGCUUGCCUUACUUCGCUUGUGUUUGGAUUUAUUCUUGGUGUUUUUUAAGUGAUAUCAAUCAGUUCCUUUGGAGCGAUGCCAGACCUCUGAAUUUUUCAGACACCUUUCGGACAUCCUCAUUUAUUUUGAAGGGUGUGGAGAACUUCUCAGAAGAUCUCAAAAUAAAAGUAAUCAUCUCUGACUCUAAUUUUAGAGAUAAGUACCCAGGUGUAUGUACCAGCUCUUUGUGAAAUCAGACAGCAAGACGCUGCCAAGCUUCAGGCCAUCUUCUGAGUGUUUUCUGAUUAUAAGGAGCAGUUCUGAAGGGGGUUUUUUGUCACUGGUAUUGUCUGUUAAGGGUUUGUGGGAGCGGCACCACAGAGACCCUGCCAAAUCAGUCUCCCUCUAUUAAACAAAAAUGUCUGGUUGGGCCUUUUCGCCUCAACAGAUGAAGGUUUGGUUCCUCAUUUUGGUUCUCCUGUUGAACACUGACUCCUUUGUGAUCUGCCUGGAAUAUGUGUAUAUCAUUUACGGCUGAGAAGAUGACUUGCGCUGGUUGGUUGUCCAGCCCUAGGCCACUGUUGUGAUUUUUGUUUUGUUUUGUUUUGGUGAUUGAUAACAGCUCAUCCCUGGCCAGGGUCUGGUGAGAGAUCUGCGGAGAUGUGAAAGAGAUGAAAGCUUUAUCCAAGGUUGUUGUCUUCGUUGUUGGCACCCUCUGAACAGUGUUGUAUCACUUUGGCCUGUGAAGGCACUUUUAACUUCCUAUUUUUUUUCCUGUCUCAAUGGACAGCGCAUGGGCUUUCCUAACAAGCCUGCCUGCCCCUGUGAAGAGCUGACAGAUUCAUAUUGGUUGGUUUGACAGAUGUGCUUUCUGGGGGGAAAGUUCAGAAAUCUUAAAAGCAAAGUCAGUCCUAAGUAAAAAGUCUAAGUCAGCCCAAUACGCAUACAGGCAGCAUAUUUCUACUGAUGGCUUCCAUCAUCUCAAGGUUGUUUUUUUUUUUUUCCUGGCAAAAGGUUAAAAUGCAACUAAAAUUCUGCUUUCGUGAUUAAUAAGUCACUACCGCAGUUGUGUCUGAUGCUUCCUGUUUGCCCCAUUUUAGUAUUUCAGUUAAACUGGAAACAUCUGAGCAUUAUGGGCACUGUUGAUGGCACCAGUAUGAAAUUGGUGGGCCGGGGACAAUUCCAUGUCAGUGGAUUUAGGGAGCUCUAAGGAUGUCAGCCCCUCUAGUCUCCACACACCACGAUUCCCUAGUAAGAGAACAGAAUGGGGCUGAACAUCUGCAAGAGCUGGGUGGGCAUUCAAAGUGAUGCAUGUGUGAAGGUUUUGCAUUUACUCUGUGGUGCUGGCUAAAAUGCUGAAAGCAGUAGCCCAGAAAGGGAAGGCGAGACCCAGGGCAAAUUGUAGGGGAACAUUUCUGUUGAACUGAGCAGGACAUCGAAGUAUGAGAUUUUUCGUUCUAGGCUUAUGACUGCCUGAAUGACAAUGCAGAAAAAGUCAUUUUUCUUCAGUGGCCGGUGUGCUCUUUGUGUUCUAAAGGAGCCUCUUCCCUUCUUGCUUUUCUACAUCUCUUAAUCCCUCAGCUCCCUGAUAGAAAUCCCUUGAAAUUAUGUGGCAUCAAGAAUAAUUUUAUAGCCAGUCUUUCUAUUUUCACACAAUGCUCAUGUGAAGAAGGGCAGGGACAAAGAUCAGAAAAGUGAAGCCUCAUAAGGAGAAAUAGACAGGAUUGCUCAGAAUCUAAACCCCCUUUUCCUGACAUCUAGGUCACUGCUUUUUCUACUAACUUGCUCAUGAAACGGUAAGAAUUUUCCUCCCCCAAAACAUGUCAGUUUUGAAUAUAAUGAAACCAGGCUAGCAGCUUUAUUUAUUUAUUGUACCAGUCAAUUGUUAAUUGAUAUUGAUUGUUAAUUAAUAAAAGGCUAAAAGAGGAAUAGCCUGCUGUCUGGACAGGUGUGCUUGUGUCCAUUUUCCAGAUGUAGAAACAAAGGCAGAGAACCCGUGAUUUGUCCAGAGCAACAGAACAAGUCCUUGGUGUCUCCGUGUCACAUGUGGUGGCUGAGGCUGUCAGGUCAGAGAGACCUGGGUCAGGUCGAGGUCUGCCACUGCCUGCCUGUGUGCCCACAGGCAAAUCACUUCACUUCUCUAAUCAUCAGGUGCCUCAUCUGUGAAUGGAAUCAGAAAUACUUCACAGGAGUGUUUUGAGUAGAAAAUGAGAGGACAUAUAUAAAGUGCUGAGCCCAGUGCCCGGCACAGAAUGUAGCGACCGUAACUGUUGCUGUUGUUGUUAUUGUUGUUGUUGGUGGCAGUAGUAGUAGUAGUAAUAGUAGCAGUGAUGGUAGCAGUAGUAGUUGCCAAUUAAUGCAUUGUGACUAAACCUGUUUUCUGUAAGAUGAUGUCAAGAAGAGUCAGACUGCCUGACAGGCCAGAGUCAUUUUCUCAGUAGGACUUUUAGGGGGACAGUUCUUCAGUCUAAAAGCGUCAGCUGUCGUGUUCUCCCUGCCUUACACUAUAUACUGUCCUCACCAUACUCCAAAUAAGCCUACAAAGGUCCAGGCUCUGCCCAGUUGACAAUCCUGACUCUGAGCUGGAGACACAGCUGGGCCUGUCUAGGGGCUUCCUGCGUCCCACAUGUGAUCAAGUAGGUUCCUGCAUUAACCCUGGAGGUGAGGAAAGGAAAAAUACUGUAUGGCGUGUAGGUCAGCAAGGACUUGCUCUUUGUCUGGGGGACUAGGAGGGAACAUUUGGUUUUGAGGAGUGAGGUUCCCACUACCACAUGGCAUCCCCAGCUCGCCGUCCUUUCCCUCUCAUAAAGAUGUCUUUGUCAGCUUCUCUCCAGGACUGUGUCUGGGAGCCCAGGAUCUGCAGUCAGGGACUUGCAGAUUUCCCUUUAAAUCUCACGGGAAGCCUGGAAUGGUGGUGUGUGUUUCUGUAGUCCCAGCUACUUGAGAGGCUGAGGCGGGAGGAUCACUUGAGCCCAGGAGGUCAAGUAGCUAUGGGCAACAUAGCGAGACCCCAUCUCUUAAAAGAAAAACAUUUGUUUUAACCUCACAAGGGAAAAAAAAAAACAGUUUCAUAUUAUAUUUUAAAGUCUUUUUUCCCCUUAAUACAAAACAAAAAUAUAGGCUCUCACCAGGCUGCCAUUCCCUUUAAAUAACAUUUUGUUUUCUCUUGGGGAAGCUGACUUGAUGGCCGAAGAGUCAUUUCUAAAGUGAAGCUAGUUUUUAGAAAAAAUAGAUCACCGGAUGUCAAGCCUCAUGUGGAGCUGGGUUCAGAUGAAAAUGAAACCAGCAGGCCUGGCGUGGCAGCUCUGCACUUGACUUCAAGCUGGAGGGUGAGCACAAGCCUGGGAGAUGGCAGUGAUGGAAAUGGCCUGCCCAGGCGCCCCUGGCUCAGCAGUGGGGCAGCAGAAGGAACUCCCCAAAGCCAAGGAGAAGACGCCGCCACUGGGGAAGAAACAGAGCUCCGUCUACACGCUUGAGGCCGUGGAGAAGAGCCCUGUGUUCUGCGGAAAGUGGGAGAUCCUGAACGACGUGAUUACCAAGGGCACAGCCAAGGAAGGCUCCGAGGCAGGGCCAGCUGCCAUCUCUAUCAUCGCCCAGGCUGAGUGUGAGAAUAGCCAGGAGUUCAGCCCCACCUUUUCAGAACGCAUUUUCAUCGCUGGGUCCAAACAGUACAGCCAGUCUGAGAGUCUUGAUCAGAUCCCCAACAAUGUGGCCCAUGCUACCGAGGGCAAAAUGGCCCGUGUGUGUUGGAAGGGAAAGCGUCGUAGCAAAGCCCGGAAGAAACGGAAGAAGAAGAGCUCAAAGUCCCUGGCUCAUGCAGGAGUGGCCUUGGCCAAACCCCUCCCCAGGACCCCUGAGCAGGAGAGCUGCACCAUCCCAGUGCAGGAGGAUGAGUCUCCACUCGGCGCCCCAUAUGUGAGAAACACCCCGCAGUUCACCAAGCCUCUGAAGGAACCAGGCCUUGGUCAACUCUGUUUUAAGCAGCUUGGCGAGGGCCUGCGACCAGCUCUGCCUCGAUCGGAACUCCACAAACUGAUCAGCCCCUUGCAAUGUCUGAACCACGUGUGGAAACUGCACCACCCCCAGGACGGAGGCCCCCUGCCCCUGCCCACGCACCCCUUCCCCUAUAGCAGACUGCCUCAUCCCUUCCCAUUCCACCCUCUCCAGCCCUGGAAACCUCACCCUCUAGAGUCCUUCCUGGGCAAACUGGCCUGUGUAGACAGCCAGCAACCCUUGCCUCACCCACACCUGAGCAAACUGGCCUGUGUAGACAGUCCAAAGCCCCUGCCUGGCCCACACCUGGAGCCCAGCUGCCCGUCUCGUGGUGCCCAUGAGAAGUUUUCUGUGGAGGAAUACCUGGUGCAUGCUCUGCAAGGCAGCGUGAGCUCAGGCCAGGCCCACAGCCUGACCAGCCUGGCCAAGACCUGGGCAGCAGGGGGCUCCAGACCCCGGGAGCCCAGCCCCAAAACUGAGGACAAUGAGGGCGUCCUGCUCACUGAGAAACUCAAGCCAGUGGAUUAUGAGUACCGAGAAGAAGUCCACUGGGCCACACACCAGCCCCGCCUGGGCAGAGGCUCCUUCGGAGAGGUGCACAGGAUGGAGGACAAGCAGACUGGCUUCCAGUGCGCUGUCAAAAAGGUGCGGCUGGAAGUAUUUCGGGCGGAGGAACUGAUGGCAUGUGCAGGAUUGACUUCACCCAGAAUUGUCCCUUUGUAUGGAGCUGUGAGGGAAGGGCCUUGGGUCAACAUCUUCAUGGAGCUGCUGGAAGGUGGCUCCCUGGGCCAGCUGGUCAAGGAGCAGGGCUGUCUCCCAGAGGACCGGGCCCUCUACUACCUGGGCCAGGCCCUGGAGGGGCUGGAAUACCUCCACUCACGAAGGAUUCUGCAUGGGGACGUCAAAGCUGACAACGUGCUCCUGUCCAGCGAUGGGAGCCAUGCAGCCCUCUGCGACUUUGGCCAUGCUGUGUGUCUUCAACCUGAUGGCCUGGGGAAGUCCUUGCUCACAGGGGACUACAUCCCUGGCACAGAGACCCACAUGGCUCCGGAGGUGGUGUUGGGCAGGCGCUGCGACGCCAAGGUGGACGUCUGGAGCAGCUGCUGCAUGAUGCUGCACAUGCUCAACGGCUGCCACCCCUGGACUCAGUUCUUCCGAGGGCCGCUCUGCCUCAAGAUUGCCAGCGAGCCUCCGCCUGUGAGGGAGAUCCCAGCCUCCUGUGCCCCUCUCACAGCCCAGGCCAUCCAAGAGGGGCUGAAGAAAGAGCCCGUCCACCGCGCGUCUGCAGCAGAGCUGGCAGGGAAGGUGAACCAGGCACUACAGCAAGUGGGAGGUCUGAAGAGCCCUUGGAGGGGAGAAUAUAAAGAACCAAGACAUCCACCACCAAAUCAAGCCAAUUAUCACCAGACCCUCCAUGCCCAGCCAAGGGAGCUUUCGCCAAGGGCCCCAGAGCCUCGGCCAGUUGAGGAGACAACAGGCAGAGCCCCUAAGCUCCAGCCUCCUCUCCCACCAGAGCCCCCAGAGCCAAACAAGUCUCCUCCCUUGACUUUGAGCAAGGAGGAGUCUGGAAUGUGGGAACCCUUACCUCUGUCUUCCCUGGAGCCAGCCCCUGCCAGAAACCCCAGCUCACCAGAGCGGAAAGCAACCUUCCCGGAGCAGGAACUGCAGCAGCUGGAAAUAGAAUUAUUCCUGAACAGCCUGUCCCAGCCAUUUUCUCUGGAGGAGCAGGAGCAAAUUCUCUCGUGCCUCAGCAUCGACAGCCUCUCCCUGUCGGAUGACAGCGAGAAGAACCCAUCAAAGGCCUCUCAAAGUUCGCGGGACACCCUGAGCUCAGGCGUACACUCCUGGAGCAGCCAGGCCGAGGCUCGAAGCUCCAGCUGGAACAUGGUGCUGGCCCGGGGGCGGCCCACCGACACCCCAAGCUAUUUCAAUGGUGUGAAAGUCCAAAUACAGUCUCUCAAUGGUGAACACCUGCACAUCCGGGAGUUCCACCGGGUCAAAGUGGGAGACAUCGCCACUGGCAUCAGCAGCCAGAUCCCAGCCGCAGCCUUCAGCUUGGUGACCAAAGAUGGGCAGCCUGUUCGCUAUGACAUGGAGGUGCCAGACUCGGGCAUCGACCUGCAGUGCACGCUGGCCCCUGAUGGCAGCUUCGCCUGGAGCUGGAGGGUCAAGCAUGGCCAGCUGGAGAACAGGCCCUAACCCCACCCUCCACUGCCGGCUCCACGCUGCCGGAAGCAGCCUUCCUGCUCGGCGCACAACGCUGCCCUGAAACACAGGCUCAGCCGCUCCCAGGGAUCUGCCAGCCCCCGGCUCAGCAGUGGGACCAGGGCCUGGCAGCAGCAAGGUGGGGGCAAGCAGAACGCCUCCCAGGAUUUCCCACCUGAGUCCUGCCCCACCCUGCUGAGAAAACACUCUGCCACGUGAGGAGACAGAGGAGGACGGCAGGAGUUCCCUCGGGAAACAAACAGGAUCUUCUCUGCCCUGCUCCAGUCGAGUUGGCCUGGCCCGCUUGGAUCAGUGACCAUUUGCUGGCAGACAGGAGAGAGCAGCUUCCAGCCUGGGUCAGAAGGGAUGGGCGAGCCCCUCGGCCCCUCACCCUCCAGGCUGGUGUGAGGGUAUCGAGUGUGUAAGGGCCCACACUCAGGCUCAGUGCAGAACCAGGUCAGCAGGUAUGCCCACCCGUAGGUUAACGGGAGGCCUCUGACCCCCUUGCCCGGCCUCACCUGGCCAGCUCAUCCCUUUCGGGUGUAGGGGAAAGGAAUGCCUGAUCCCAGAAGGCUCCCUGGUAGAAUACACCACGCUUUUCAGAUUGUUGUAACACAGGUCCUGAGUUGACUUCUGGUUCAGCCAACGACCAAAGAAGGUGUGUAAGUGAAGUGGUUCUCAGUCCCCAGACACGUGCCCCUUUGCUGCUGGCUAUCACUCUUCCCCAGCGCAGCAGACCCUGAGCCCCUUCAGGCCCAGCACUGCCCCAGACUCACUGGCACUCUUCCCUCAUCUGUAAAGGUGAAGGGUGAUGCAGGAUGUGCCUGACAGGAACGGUCUGUAGAUGGACAUGAUCGAUACUAAGGAAAGCAGCAGACAGAGACGCUCCAGCACCCCAGCCCCACUGUCAGCGUCCAGCGUGCGGGCCCCCCAGAGCACAGCUCACACGGACACUCACCCUGCCCUGCCCCGGGCUGGAGGGUACUGCUGACGGCACUUUGCACUCUGAUGACCUCAAAGCACUUUCAUGGCUGCCCUCUGGCAGGGCAGGUCAGUGACUCUGUAGGAGCAUAGCAGUCCAGGAGAUGGGGUGAAGGGACAGUCUUGAGCUGUCUACAUGCAUGUGACUCCUCAAACCUCCUCCAGAUUUCUCUAAUAGCAACCACUUCCCCAUUGCCCCAGCUUAGCCUCUUCUCCCAGGGGAGCUACUCAGGACUCAUGUAGCAUUAAGUCAGCUGUGAAUUGUCAGGGGGGUGUCAGCUAGCCUCAGCCUCCUGGGGUGGGGGACGCUGAGACUCCUUGGGAGAAGCUCAUCCCCACGUCUUGCCAAGACAGCCUUUGUCCAGCUGUCCACAGCGAGCCAGACUGCUCCCGGGGAGACAGCCCCGGCCCCCAGCACAUAAAGAACUGCAGCGUUGGUACUGCAGUGUGGGUUGUAGAGAACUCUUUGUAAGCAAUAAAGUUUGGGGUGAUGACAAAUGUU